CACUCAUUUACAGGUUGAACUGUGAAGUUCCUUUGAAACGCGGUAACUUUGAAUCGAUCAACCAUUCACACUAACAGAUGGAUACAUUGUCAUGUCAAAUGUUUCCCUUCCACUAAAUUUCUUCAAUACCAACAUCAUUGGUCUUUGGAAUUCCAUUGUCAGUCUUCGUCAAUCCCAUCUCGAUUGCCCAAACCCCAUCACAUAAGCACAUAUGCUUGUGUUCAAGGUUACACCAUUUGUAAUAAUUCAAGAAUCUUGAUGGGUUAUCUUUCAUGUAAAGCAGAAUCAUCUAUCUCCACCGCUCUUUCCCAUGCCUCGACAUCAACCGCCUCCUCCAACAAAUUCCGUCGCCGCUCAGAUAAGAGAGAGGAGAAGGAAAACCCCGUCAAAAUCCAAGAAUUCAACUACGAAGAUCUUGAGCUAGCCACCGAAAAUUUCUCAGACGCGCAGCUCUUGGGCCGAGGCAGCCAUGGGCUUGUCUACAAAGGUGUUCUGCAGGGCGGCCGUCUCGUGGCUAUCAAGAAACCCUCAAGAACUGCCCGAAGAUUGUCAAUUUCUGAAAACCCAAGUGAGUUCGAGAAUGAAAUUGAUAUUCUGUCCAAACUCCAGAGCCCAAGGUUAGUUAAUCUUGUUGGGUUCACCAAGAAUGACUCCCAAGAUCGCCUUUUGGUGGUUGAGUUCAUGAGUAAUGGCACUCUUUAUGAUGUCCUGCAUUCGAACCCACGGCCUCCCACUUGGGGUAGGAGGAUAAAAUUGGCUAUGCAAACUGCAAAAGCCAUUGAAACCCUCCAUUCUUUGAGCCCACCUGUAAUUCACAGGGAUAUCAAGUCUGCUAAUGUUUUGAUUGAUAGGAAUUUCAAUGCAAGAUUGGGGGAUUUCGGGCUGGCGUUGAGGUGUGUAGAUAAUGAUAAGUUGAGGUCAACUCCUCCUGCAGGGACAAUGGGGUAUUUGGACCCCUGUUAUGUGACUCCUGAAAAUUUGAGCACAAAGACUGAUGUUUUCAGUUUUGGGAUAUUGCUUUUGGAGAUUGUUAGUGGGAGAAAGGCGAUUGAUAUGGCACACUCGCCCCCUUCGGUUGUGGAUUGGGCCAUUCCCUUGAUCAGAAGAGGCAAAUUCUUGUCUAUCUAUGAUCCAAGAGUCGUUCCACCUAAGGACGCAUCGGUGAGGAAGACGUUGGCAUUGGUGGCUGCAAAAUGUGUGAGGUCUUGUAGGGAGAGAAGGCCAUCCAUGAAAGAAGUAGUGGAAUGCUUGAGUGAGUUGAGUAAGCUGGUUCCAGUUUAUUCUUGGAACGGUGUAUCCAAUCCUUGCUUGAUGGUGGAGAAUGUCGGUAGGCCGGUUCAAUCAACGAGCGUUCGGGUGAAUUCAAAGAGGAUGGAUCCUGGGGAUGCAAAAGUUGGAAUACCAUUAAGGAAACCACGCAGAGUGUACUCAGACUUGGGGGUCCGAUGCAAUUUGAUGGACUUGAUGUCUAGUCUUGAUAGUGAGACUAACUUUCAUGUCGAGGACGAUGGAUCAGAACAUAACCUGGAAUUGACAAAAAGGGCUUCAAGCCUUAGGUUUGAAAGUCAUAGGUCCAUUGGCAGGACUAAACUCCGGUCCAUGGUUCUUGGCAAUGGUGAACGAAAAACGUCUUCCUUAAAGAGAAACCACUCAGUUAGCAAUAAUUCAGAUACGUUCCUCGGGUCCAAUUCCAUUACUCAGGCUGCAGAAUUGACCGUAGUAUGUCAGAAAACGUAACGACGAGUUAUUAUCAAAUAAGGCAAAGCUCAGAUACGUAAAAUUCUCUUGCUUCAGGAUCAUAGUGAUAUAGAUUGUUCAUGGCCUUCAAUUGAAUGGCCUUUUGUGUUAUCAAUCAUCUGUUUUGUCAUACUUGUUUGGGCACCUGGUGCAUUGCUCAUGUUUAUUGUUCAUUCUUUAAAGCCAGUGAUGAAUAACAGUAAAGGUUCUUAUGUUGUAAUGAGCCUCUUCUUGUAUUAAAGCUUGAAUGUCUAGUGAGAGUUUGAGACAGAUGGUGUUUCUUUCCUA